GCGCCUCGCUCAGCCGCCGCCUCCUCCGCGCACGGCGGUCGGUCAGAGGGCCGGAGCGAGAAGAUGGCGAAGACGUACGACUAUCUGUUCAAGCUGCUGCUGAUCGGAGACUCGGGCGUGGGCAAGACCUGCCUCCUGUUCCGCUUCUCGGAGGACGCCUUCAACACCACCUUCAUCUCCACCAUCGGAAUUGACUUUAAAAUCCGAACGAUAGAACUUGAUGGAAAGAAAAUCAAGCUUCAGAUUUGGGACACAGCAGGUCAGGAAAGAUUCCGAACAAUCACGACGGCGUACUAUAGAGGAGCCAUGGGAAUUAUGCUGGUCUAUGACAUCACAAAUGAGAAGUCCUUUGACAAUAUUAAGAAUUGGAUCAGAAACAUUGAAGAGCAUGCCUCUUCAGAUGUGGAAAGGAUGAUCCUGGGUAAUAAGUGUGAUAUGAAUGACAAAAGACAAGUGUCCAAAGAAAGAGGGGAAAAGUUAGCAAUUGACUAUGGGAUUAAAUUCUUGGAGACAAGUGCAAAAUCCAGUACAAAUGUAGAAGAGGCAUUUUUUACACUUGCACGAGAUAUAAUGACAAAACUCAACAGAAAAAUGAAUGACACCAACUCAUCAGGAGCAGGUGGGCCAGUGAAAAUCACAGAAAACCGAUCCAAGAAGACCAGUUUGUUCCGUUGUUCACUGCUUUGAUGAACUCUUCCUUUCUGAGAGACUGCAGUGCACUGAAGGGCCCUUUCCUGCUUUUCUGAAAGCACAGGUCACCCAGCCGCAGAGCUACCCCGCCCGGCUGUUUCUGAGAGCAUCACAGAACUUCCCUCUCUGGACAGAUCGCCAAGUGGAUUCAAGCCUUGCUUGCAAGCAAAAGACCAGGCUCCUCUUUCCAAGGCCGGAAGCAAUGAUGUGGAGACACCCCAGGACCUAACUAGUUUCCUUGUGUUUUAUCGCCUGUUGCAGAAGCUGCUUACCUGCCUUUUUUUUUUUUUUUUCUUUAAACUCUGCAUCCUAGCAUUAGCCCUUCCCCAUUAUGGUAUAAUAAUCUCACACUCAUCCUGGUACACUUCUGUGUGUCAAACUUCAACACAAAUUUGUACAAAUUUGUAUUUGUGGGGAUGUUUAAAAUAGAUGACAGAAUAAUAAGCAGAGGUGGGUAUACUAAAAUGAGUUUGUCUAGAUCACAGGGCCAAAUGUUAUUGCAUUGAUAUCAUUUAUUGAAGGGGUUUGAUUUGUGAAUUUAAGAAUCAUAACACUGUCUAGCCACAGCAUCUUUGUUGCUUUGAGUUGGGAACAGCUUUUCUUUACUGCUGAUCUUUUGGCCAGCAUGUGAAUAGCUGAAUGAAUCACUUUCUAAUUGAUUAUCUCUACCUAAUCUAUGCAGUUGCAUUUGGAAACCACCCAAAUCUCACUUUCCCUGAGAUUUGUAUUUUCUCUUCUUCCCCUUAUUUGACUUGCUAUAAUUACUCAAUUCUCUAAAAUGAAUUACAUAUUCAAACGUGGUUGUCUAUUUCUGUUUGUGAACUUCUAGAAGUAAAAUUUUACCUAGGGGGAGAAGUACAUCAUUUAGGGUUUUACUUCUAAAUGUGGUUCUAAAUGUGGUUUAAAAAUAUAAUUUAUUUUUCCUUAGGACCACCCCUUAGUUUGUGACACCCACUUCUACCACUACCCCUAUCUGUGAGUGUUAAGAAAACUUAGAUUUAGAUUGCAGGAAGCAUACCUGCCUGGAAGAGAGAUGAACUUUUUGACAUAUGUUUAAGAAUAGCUCUUAGUAAUGGUGAAAAUAAUAAUGGGGGGGGGUUCUGUUUUGGUGUUUUUACAAAAAUAAGAUUAGACCUAGCAUAUCCCCUAGGGAAUCUUUGCCUUUUCAUUAGCAAAAAAGCGUGAUCAAGAUGUCAGUUGGCCAGCAGCUGUGGUUGAAUGUGUAGACUCGUUCCAUCUGCUGGGUUCAUUGUUGCAAAGACUUGGUCCAGUCAUUCAGAGCCAAAGUUAGAGAAAAGCUUAGUUGUGUUUCUCACCAAACACUAGUACCAUUACUCCUUUUGUAAAUAAAAUCAUCACGUGAGAGAAGAGUAUGUAGUGUUAACUUACGUGCCAAAUUCUGCUAAUAUCCCUCUAGCCUUUGGUGUCAUGAUACAGGCUGAUGCCUAAGGAAAUGAAUUCUGUUAGUCAUCUGUCUCCCUGAUAGGUAAUGGAGGUUCCUAGCCUAGAGAUAGAAGUAGAAAAUGAAUGAUUACUCUCACAGAGAAUUCUGCUGCACAUUAAGACAUUGUGUUUCAGUCCUUGGACCAGUCAGCCUUUGAUCCUUAUCUGAGGACUCAAGAGUCAAUUCAGGGGCUGAGCUGGUUUGGGUAGGUAUGCUGAACUUACUUUGGAUAUAUAACUCAGUCUUGUUUUUCAUUUUUAUUUUUUAAUGCUUACCUGUGGGCUUAAAGCUACCUGUUGCUGUCCCCAAUACUAAUUGUAGAUCCACUAUUGAAAGCUGAUUGUCAGUUGACCAUCCUCAAGCUAGAUACAUUUUUGAAAAAGACAAAGUAAUUUCUUUGAAAAAAGAAAAAAAAAUGUUUUGUAUUCACUAAUUUACUAGAGGAAAAAAAAAACCUAGGCAGUUAGGCUUUCAGGACAGUAACAAAAUACUUGGCAAAAGGUGUGUGCUAAGACACCAUUGUGAAUGUAACUCUUAGUAUUUUUACCUCUGACUAUUUUGGUGUCUUAACACUUUGGUUUCUAUCUCAGGGCUUGUCUGCAAACCAAAACUGACAUAAUCUGUGGUUCUCGUUUUCUUUUUCAGCAGAAUGCUUUGCUUUUGUUUCAUUUCUUUGCUCUUCUUUCAUCUUAUAGCUUACUAACUAGUCUCCGUGAACUUCCCUUUGAAAGAGCCUGUGAAAAGUUAGAUGAGUCUAAAACAUGCUCUUUGAAGUAGCAGCAAACUGGGAGUGUAUGCUCUGUUGUACAGAAAUAAAUUGUCUUUGCUAUUUUCUUACAUUUAGCUUUGCUAAAUUGUACAUAAUUUGAGCUAAGACCAUAGGAAAUUUACUUUCUGCAUGGUGAAAUGACCCAAUAAAUAUUCCUCUUUGCUUAAUAAUGUACAUAGAGUGCAUUAUUUUUUUUCUAUUCUUAGAUGAACUUUGUAACAGAUUAUUUUGUCUGUUCCCUGCUGAAACAGAAAAAAAAAAAACUGGGAAGCUUUUUUUGUAGACAUGUUUGUGGUUUCAUGGGUAAAGGUACAUAGAUCAGCAGGAUUAGUGGCUCAGUUGCUGUACUUCAUUAUCAAUGUGCUCAUGUUGACACUGAUUGAACGAAACUAGACCUUUUCAAAUAGAAUCUGGGGGUGUCAGACAACCCAGACAUGCUGUAACUAAAGGAGUGUAUAAAUCAAUUGUAUGUCGUUUCAUUGGGAACUGAUUUUAGAUGUAUUUUACUGCAGACCAUGAUUAAGUAAUCCACCUGUGCCUCCAUUAGGAGGUGACUGGGAUUCUUACUGUUUCCAAGAACAUUUUAUGUAGUCUUUGUUACAAAUUUUCAGAAGAUCAUACUCUCUACUUUGAAGGACUAUUUUUUAAAUUAUACCUCAUUUAGCUAACUAGUAUUCUAAGACCUGGUAGAAGAACAGUGAGCCAGCCUGUAAGUAUCCAGCGAACUUUAGAAUCUCUGUGUUGUUUUGUCUCCACUUGAACUCAAGGUAACCUUGGGAAAGGUAGGUGAUAUCUUAGUUUAGAAUAAACUAUACAUGUCAUAUCCUAUAACAAAUAUAUGUAUUAUUACCCAUCUCCAUUAAUAAAUUUAGGUGUGCAAUAUAGAUACAUUUUUGCAGAAGUUUCUAAAUAAGAGAUUAUGGCUGCAUUUUACAGGUAUUAAAGCUUAUAAAUUUUUUCUUGUAAUCAGUGAGGGAUACAUUUAAACAGAUCUUUUUUAAAAUUUGUGAUUUAGAUCCCUUUGUAAUUUAGUUCUUAAUCUUUAAAGAUGAGCUUCUAAAGUUAAAAACUUUAAAACCACAUCUCAUUACACUGGUUUACUUAUCUCAACUUUCAAGCAAUUCUUUCUGCAAUCAACUUUUAUAAAAACUUAAAAAGAAAAAAACCCAGAAAAGAUAAGUCUUUUUUUCUUUCUUGUUACAUCUAGGGACAGAGAAAUACCCCAAAAUGAAAUUCCUUGAUGGAGAGGACCUUAGAAGGACAGAGUAUGCUACUAAAAUGUCAAAUUCUAGCAAAACUUUAUAGUAGGAGCGGUCCUUUAAGAUGUCAUGUUCACUAUAU